CUCCGGGUACUAGCUGCAUCAUAUUCAAGAUGUCUGCGGUGUCUAUGUAUCCCAUGUGUGUCCGGGCGAGCCGGGGCCUCCUCCGAUUGAGGCAGGGGGCCAACGGAUCCAUAACCCCUGCGGUGCUGGAUGUUGUCCGGUCAUUCUCUGCUGACACAUCUAGUAGUAGUGCCACAGGUGGACUGGCCCAGGCAAUACUGCAAGAAAGGCUUCAGCAGCAGAAAAGCCAGGACCAGCCUCCUCCAGAGGGUGAUGACUCCGCUCACAAGAAAGAUGAACAGGGUGAGGACAAGAAACAGAAAGAGAACACGGCAUACGCUAAGAAGAUGGUCCUUCGGUUAGCAGGAAUUAUGGGACUUGGAGGCACAGUUGGAAUCAUAUACAUAUUCGGUAGCAAUUCUGUGGAUGAACAAGGAAAUAAGAUUCCAGAUGAGUUUGAUAACGAUGUUACCGUCAUCCAGCAGCUCAGAAGAACCUUCAAAUAUUUCAAAGAUUACCGACAGAUGAUCAUCGAGCCCACAAGCCCAAAGCUUCUUCCAGACCCACUGCGAGAACCCUAUUACCAGCCUCCAUACACUCUAGUGCUGGAGCUCACCGAUGUCCUCCUCCAUCCAGAGUGGUCGUUGGCCACAGGCUGGCGUUUUAAGAAGAGGCCUGGCAUAGACUAUCUGUUCCAGCAACUGGCCCCGCUCUACGAGAUAGUCAUCUUCACAUCAGAGACGGGCAUGACGGCGUACCCCUUGAUUGACAGUAUAGAUCCUCAAGGAUUCGUGAUGUACCGGCUCUUUCGGGAUGCCACACGCUACAUGGAGGGCCACCAUGUUAAGGACGUGUCUUGUUUGAACAGAGAUACCUCCAAAGUCAUUGUGGUGGACUGUAAGCGAGAGGCCUUUGGUCUACAGCCUUUCAACGGUUUGGCGCUGUGCAAGUGGGACGGCAACUCAGAGGAUCGCACGCUCUAUGACUUGGCUGCCUUCCUUAAAACUAUUGCCAUCAGCGGAGUGGAUGAUGUGCGUUCAGUAUUAGAGAACUACGCCCAUGAGGAAGACCCCAUUGAAGCUUUCAAAAGAAGGCAAGCACAGCUUGCACAGGAAGAAGAACAGAGACUUUCGGAGCUUGCGCAACAGAAGAAACAGGGGAUUUCAUUAGGUUCCAUCGCAGGUCGUUUCUGGUCUCGGAAGCAGCAGUGAGGACACGUCCUGCUCACACCCACCUUAAACGGUCCCACCUCGACUGUGACCAGCCAUUGAGAUGAAGGUCAUAGGCAAACAGGUGGACGGUGUAUGUGGGCGGGAGGGGAUAAUGGGAGCAGAAGGGCAUGUGUGGAAAGAACAUCCAAUCGGCUACACUGGAGGGAUGCUACCUUGUUACAGGGGUUGGGAUAGGAGCGAGCGACUCCAAAAGACGUUUCAUUCCUGUGGAAGAUAGCACUUCCUGGACAGCAGACACAGAUAUGGUGCCCUCAUUUAUGAUCUCACUCAUUAGAAAUUGUUUCAGGGUUGUUGGACUUGUUCUUGUCCACUUCUAUGGCUCCCUUAUCUCUGCAAGAGCAAAGAACUGCAUAGCACCACAUGAACUGAAGAACUGAUCUCGUUUCCAUCAUGUAGGCCCCAUUUCAAACCCAUAACUGAUGCUGUAGGCAAUAGCCUGAUAUUAGACUCCCAUAAGUUCUGAUCAUCACACGGCACAUGAAGCAAAACCUUGGAUUUGUGUUCAUGCUGCCAGCAAGACUGUCUUUGUCAUGGUGAUUCUGUUGCAGUGUGUUGAGGAGAACCUCUCAAAUAAAGCCAGCUCAAUCUGGUGCUAUUUCAGAAAUGCCCCAUCAUGUCUAAGGAUGUGCUUUGUAUUGCUUAUGUUGUGAAACACCCAGAAUAUCUCUAAUAAACAAACCAUAACUUAA